AUGGCCCUGGAGGCGGUGACCGGGGAAGAGCGGUCAAGGGGAGCGAUGACCUCGGGCGUCAUCACCGGCGGCAACCGGACACUGACUUCGCCCGGCGGCCUUUGCCUCGGCCUCGCCGCUCUCCUGCUGUGCGUCCCAGUAAUCGUCGGUGCAGGGUCGGACGCCUCGUGCAGCCAGGGCAAGCCGGUGUUCAUGCUGGCUACGAACGCACGGCUCGACUCGGACAUCUUCUCGCGCGAGUACGGCGUCAACCUGACGGCGUGCGCCGAGGCGUGCCGCCGGGACGCCCGCUGCCGGUCGCUGACCUUCGUCAAGAACGCCACGGACAGCUACUGCCAACUGAUGGGCGCCGCGGCCGACGCCUCCGCCGUUGUCCACGAGCGCACCCUGUCGCCCGUCAAUGGAGUUUACUACCUCGAGAAGAUAUGCCUACAAGGUGCCUGCGACCGGCUGUUCGUGGCGGAGUGGAUCCAGGGCAUGGAGCUGGAGGGCCACGACAACCGGGUGCUGGGCAACGCCACGCGCCGGGCCUGCCUCGAGGCGUGCGCCGCCGAGCGCUCGUUCGUCUGCCGCUCGGCCGAGUGGCGCGGGGGCGAGUGCCGACUCAGCCGGUACGACCGAUUCUCGAGACACGUGCACUUCGUCCGCUCGGCCGACCCGUCCGUCGCCUACUUCGACAACACGUGCGCCUACAAGCCCGUGAGCGGCGGCCACACUGCCGAGAUGCUGCUCCUCGGCAACGUGGAACAUCCGUACAGCCUGGUCGAGUACCGGGGCCUCUCUGUGAGCGAGUGUGGCGAGUCGUGUCUGCGCAACGCCCUCUUUCCGUGCCGCUCCUUCCUGUUCGGCCGGAGGUCGCAGCAGCAGACCUACUGCGGACUCACGCACCAGAACCGAGCCGGCCUGCUGCAGAACCCGGGCAGCUUCGAGCCGUCGCACAGCCUCAACUACUACGAGAUCGCCAGGAACCUCGACGCCUGCGAUGAGGAGGACGUCAAGUUCGAGCUCGUCUCGGGACGCUACAUGACGGACCGGCCGCUGCGCACGUCGCAGGUGUCGUCGGCGCACGAGUGCCUGGCGCUGUGCCGCGGCGACGCCAAGUGCCGCUCGGCGUCGUACGACUACCGUCGUCGCGUGUGUUACGCGCACUCAGACACGCUCCGCACGGGCGUCGACACCAAUGUCAAGCGGAACCCGCAGAUGAACUACUUCGAGAAGGUCUGCAUCUCCGCCGGCAGCGUGUGCGACAAGCACUGGGCCUUCGAGCGGGUUCCGGGCAAGGAGUUGGUGGUGGGCGGCAGCUCGGGCUCGCAGUCCAAGGUCAGCGUGGAGGCCAACACCCGCGAGGAGUGCCAAGCGGCGUGUCUGGCACACCGCGACUUCGUCUGUCACUCGGCCGAGUUCAACUACCAGCUGAGCGAAUGCCGGCUCAGUCCGCACUCGCGCUUCACUGGAGGCACUGGAGAGGCGAAGCUCGAGGACUCCAAGUUUGUCGUCGACUACUUCGAGAACAACUGCGUCCGAGAGGUGCGCGGCUUCUGCAGCACGAAGAAGUACCGUGACCAGGAGCUCGUCCUGGCCGACCUGGUGAUAGGCACCAUGUCCCAGGAGGACUGCCUGCAGCGUUGUCUGAACAGCGUCGACUUCGUGUGCCGCUCGUUCAGCUUCGAGCGAGACACGCAGACCUGCUUCCUCAGCCACCACACGCGAAAGUCCGCGCCCAAGGGCGCCACCCUCCGGCUGCCCGGCACCGACCUCGUCGAGCUGGGCGCUUGCUUCGACGUGUCCGUUGAAUGCGAGCCGCACGUUAUGCGAGCCCGCGUGCGCAGCAACAUGGUGUUCAAGGGCAAGGUCUACACCCGGGGUCGACCUUCGACUUGCUCUCAGGACAUCAGCAACAGCAUGGACUUCACGCUUCCGAUACAGCUGGCUGGAUCUGACUGCGGCACCGUCAGUAAGGCCGAGGGUCACUUUGCCAACGUACUGGUCAUUCAGAGCAACGACCAGGUGGUCACGGCUAUGGACAAGGCCAUCGGCGUCUCCUGCACUUUUGACGUUGGCAACAAGACCGAGUUCGCGUCCGCCAAGGUCUCGGACCCGAGACAGACGGACCACAGCCGGGGAAAGCCUCCACUGCCGGAGUUGUCCCUGCAUAUUCUGGACAUGCGAGGGAACGAACGCGAAUCGGUGUCGCUGGGCGAACUGGUACGCGUUCAGGUGCGCAUGUCCGAAGAAGACACGUACGGCAUCUUCAUCAAGAACCUGAUCGCCCGCGAUGGAACGGGUUCUACCAAUCUGACGCUGAUCGACAAAACGGGGUGUCCCGUGGAGGCCAAGAUGAUGCGCGAAAUUCGCACCAUCGACUCGCACAGCAAGUCCCUGGAGAGCUACCUCGAGGCGUUCGCCUUCACCGGCAGCAGCACGCUGGAACUCGAGGCUGAAGUGGUCACGUGCCUCGAACGCUGCAAACCGGUGCUGUGUCAAAUUCCCACUGGCCGACGGGAGGACGACAUUGAAACGGUGACGUCAUUCGGACGCCGUCGACGGAGGAGCACCGCUGACGCCGACCCGAUGCCCGAGGAUGAGCUUCGUCACAGCACCCUCACCAAGAAGCUGUCCGUAGUGGCCGCCGAGUUCGGAGUGGGCCACCAGACGCAGGACGUCAGCUACGCGUUUCCGGUCACGGCACCGACAACUUCCGGUCGGCCUGCCAGCAUGGAGGACCUGAUCGCCGAGCAGCUGGGCGUCAUGUGCUUCGAGCCGACCGCGUCGGCCGUCAUCGGUGGCCUGGCGCUCUUCCUGGAGGUGUUCGGGUUCGGCACCUGCCUCGUGUUCGCACUGCGCAGGCGCAAGGGACACUCCUCGGACGAACCCAUGUGCUACGACAACAGCGUCGAGGGAUCCACGGAUUUCGCGUGCUCGGCGCCCUACUGAGGCGCUCCCCAUUCGUCGACACCGAAUACGCGUCCUUGCGGUACUUGUGUCACCGGGGUGCUGCUGCCUGGUUGUCUUCUUCGUCAAAGACCGUUUCAUGCGCUUCCACUGAUUCUCACGGGGUCAAGCGAACGGG